ACCAUUUUUUUUUCAAUGUAUUUGUGAGCGCGUCAAAGAAUGAAUAAAUCUUUUGUUUGCAAGUGUUUUCAGUCUAAGAAAACCAUUCGAACGGAUCACAUUGUAAACAUUAGUGUAAUUUAGUGUUGAAGAAGUUGUAAACGAACGCAUCGACAUUAGCAUUCAGGUAAACAAUAUUUCAUUUGGCUGUAGCAUUGCUUUCAAAUGGAAAGUUUUGAAUGCGAGAAGCUAGAUUGAACGAUAUAAAUUGUAAUCGAAAUAAGUUGACAAUUCUCUUCAAAUUCAUUGAAGGUACAAAAUAAAAAGGGAGAUUCGCAGCAAGUUUACAAGAACGAACCAAGCCUGCGGUAAGACGUUGCUACAAAAGUUGAAACUCGAAAUCAACCAAUAAUGGUGCACGUAAUUUUAAAACGCGAAUGCCUUGAUGAGGACAUUAAUAUUGAGUAUAAACCGCCACCUAGCAUCGUUGAUCCAAUAAUAGUGCCGACGUAUCAAACAACGAUUUUGACCAAAAAUGAAAUUGUCGAUGAUCUUGGAAUGGAAAUUCAGAUUGAUGGAGAAAUGACAAUGCUUCGGCCUUGUUACGUCGCUGUAGAUAAAUUAUCAGAUCGUGUGCUACUGUCUGCGAAGUCUAAGUCCAAAACGUCUUUUAGUGAGGGGAAAAACGUAUCAAAUGGUCAAACGAAAAUUAAUAACUCUCUCAAACCAUUUUCCUGCGAUUUUUGUCCGAAAACAUUUGCGCGAAAAGAUUACCUCAACACUCACCGGCUGAUGCAUACAAAAGAGAAAAUUUUUCAGUGCGACCAAUGUCCAAAGAAAUUCAUUACGCAGAACUAUCUCAAUAAACACUUUCGUGCAUCGCAUCUUAAACCAUUUGUAUGUGUUGAAUGUCCGAUGAAAUUUAAAACGGAAUCGUUGCUGAAAAAACACAAACAAACGCAUGAGCCAUUCUGGACAAAAACUAAAACGUACGAGUGUUAUGUGUGCAAAGAAAAACGACAUUUUUGGAAAAUCGGGCAUCUCCUCAAUCAUAUGAGAUCGAGACACAGUUCAGAGAGGCCGUACCACUGUGAACAAUGUCCGAAAACGUUUGCGGUUAAAGCAUACCUAACUGCUCACAAAGCGACUCAUUCAUUGCGUGAAAAUAUUCAUGAAUGUAAUGUGUGUCAUAAAUCGUAUUAUAGGAAGGUAAUUCUUGCAUCACAUAUGAAAAGUCACUACACCGAUAGACCAUUUAAAUGCGAAAAAUGUCCGAAAUCAUUUUUGCAUAAAAGUGACUUGAGUCGUCAUAUUCAGACUAACAGCUGUAAACGAAUCACACAUCUACCCAAGGGAUCCACAUUUCAGUGCUACAUUUGUUCGAAAGAACGGAAAACAUUUUCCAUGCUACGGAAACAUGUAUUGCUAGUCCACCUUCGAAACCAUUCGAAAAUAUAUUCUUGUGACAAAUGUCCUAAAAAUCGAAAAGCGAAUUGAAUGUCAGUUACAAUUUCGCGUUCGUUUUGUAUUAUUCUUAACUGUGACUAAAUAGGACUGAAUAGAGCCGAAUGGUUUAAUGUUCUUUUUUGUACCGAAAAAUCGAAAUAGAAAAUGGAAAUAGUAAUAAUCGAAAGCAUAAAGCACGAUAACAGUUAUUCGAUAAAUUGAGAUAAAUUGGGAUAGUAAAAAUUGCGCAAAGAAAAGAGAAAAAGAGAGAAGAAAUAUUGAAUUUAAUAAUCAAAUGAAAUUUUGUACCUCACACACCGGCUAUACAAACCCUAAAUCAUUAAAACGUCUCUUUUUACAUUAAAUCUAUACUUAAAUCACCACCCAUACAAUAUGAGAAAAAUAAGCUUGCAGAUUAAAUAAAAAAAUCUUAUUUACGCAAA